UUCAUAUUGUGCAUGUUGUCUGGUGUUUUUGUUGGAUUUUUCAUUUUAUGAAAUCAAGGCCAACUUCAAAAGGCUGGCAUGCAGAAAUCCAAUCAGCAAUAGACAGAAACCAGUGGUAAUUGGCUUAAAUGUUCAAGGAAGAAAGCUUAACUAAAAAGAGGACAGAAGUGGAAUUAAUUAGACUGGAUGUCAAAUGUGUUGACCUGAUCAUACUGAAUUGUGUAAAAAAUAAUCAUUUGUUAUGGCAACGAGUCAGAACAGUGGAAAGCCUAGCCAGCCCCAGUACUAUUGGGUAGAUCCCACAGAGGUGUUGACGAGACCAAGACACAGUGUUCUUGAUUCUAUUCUUGGAAAGAUUCGCAAAGCUGACCCUGAUCGAAAAUCCCUUCUUCACAGACUGGUUUAUGUAGCAAAAUUGACUGAUUCAUUACCAGAGAAGAGGAUUUUAGGAGCUCACUAUGAGAAACAGUUCAAGAAUUGGCAGAACCAGUACCAGGGUGAAGGGGCUACAGGAAUGUUGUUGGUUUACCCUCAUCACUUUGUUCAUCUUGUAGAGUCUUCAAGCGAGAUGCUGAUGGCCCUGAUCCGUGACCUUCGUGACCUGAUAGAGAGUAACACCUUGGUGGAGGAGAGUAAGAUCCUGGUAGUCUCUAGCAAUGUCCCAACCAGGCUCUUCUCCCAGUGGAGCUUCAGGGUGCUCAACCUUCCUGAAUCCAGGCUACAGGAGUAUGAAACCUCAGAGCCUAUUGAGAAGCUGGCACCAGAGUGUCUAGCCUUGAUGCUUAAACUUGGAUCCUAUCUUAGCAAACAACCAAAGAUCACGUUAAAGACUGUAAUGGAUCAAUUACAUGAGAAAGUACCCGACCUUCUCAUUCCUCAAGAUCUGAUUGGCUACCUGCUCUUCACGCCCGACCUUUGCACCCCUGCCGAGUUUCUGAACAAGUAUGACAAGCCGAUGGAUGUAGUUUUAGAUAAUGAACUUGAAUGGCCUCUUCCUACCAAGAACUUUCCUAUCAACUGAAUCUCAAGACUGCAUUCCAGAUGAUCACAUU